CCUGCCGUAACCAUGACCCCGGGAUUAACCCCACACUUGGUCUCGUAGAACCACACACCCUCCCCAUCUUUCCACCUCUCAACAAUGUCCUCAACCACAACUUUCUUCCGUCCUCAACUACUCAUCAGAAACAUCAAUCGCCGUCCAUCGAUCCUCCAGUGUCGAUUUCAAAGUAUCAGAAGAACCAUGGCAUCCUCAACUCCAGCUGGCAAGUUUGAAUGGCUGGUCAUCCUUCCUGAUCACGAGGGCUUAUUGGAGAAGAGAAUGGAAGUCAGACCGUUUGUUGCCCCGUCCUUAACCGACGAUAUAUUGGCUGAAAGACAUAUAGAACACACUUUGCAGGAUUGAAAGCUGGCGUCGAGUCUGGAUUCUGGAAGAUGGGUGGUAAGUCCAAAGACAGCACCAGUGAUGAGGGAGCAACACUAAGAACUGCUUGAAUAGGUGCGUUCCUUGAAGAUUUUCCAAAGGAAGGAGAGGGCCUGAAAAUGAAGGGAAGUGCUAUGAUUGCAAUUGCGAGCUCCAAGGAAGAGGUUCUUGAGGUGCUCAAGAAUGAUAUUUAUGCAAAAAGCGGUGUAUGGAACUUCGACAAGGUAUUUCUUCCUCUCUUGUGAUUGAUUCUAUUCUCUUGUGAUUGAUUCUAUUUAUAGAUUUACUUACUUUAACACUUUGAUAGAUUCAAGUUUAUCCUUUCAAGUGUGCUUUCCGUACCCCGAUCGACUUGCCAUGAUAUCGAGAAGACUUAUGCUUACAACCGGAAGAGGGGCUCUUUAGAGACCAAUGAUUAACUUUCAAUAAAGAUCUCUAAAAAAAAAGUGUAAUUUCUGUAAUACUUAAUUGUGCUAAGCCGUAAAUCUGCGAAUAAUUAUUGAAACAAUUUGAAGGAUCUUUUUAUUCUCUUUUGUUAUAGGUGUGUGGAUAUUGAAUUCCCCCCACUACUUAGUAAACCGGCACCCCCGCCUUCAAGGUUGCUCUCGCAUUGUGAAGCUUCAGAAUUACGUAGCGUCUUACAACUACCACAUACAAGUACCUUGCUUCCUCGACGACAAGCAAGUAUUCGCCGCUGCAUCUGACUCCAUAUUGAUAGCUUCAUACCACAAUACUCGUACCAUGGCAGACCCUGAAGUUGCCACCAAGGCGCCAGAAAGCGAUGCCGCCGAGACAGCCUCUCCAGUUCCCGAGCCAGCGCCAGCUAGUUUAGUACCUGGAGAUACCCCCGCUCAGAGCGGUGCAAGCCUAGGAGUAUGCUAAUCCUUCAAGGUCGCUGGCACUAUACUGACAGACCAUAGGAACACUGUGUCACGGAUCGCCCGACGCGUGAGUAGAAGCUCAAAGGGCUACCAGCUCCAUAACGGCAGAUAGCAUGUGCUGACUUGGACCAGCAUCUGGAAAAGGUCCUUCUGGUGAGAUGUCACAAUUGGGGGGCGUGGAUGUUUAUAUUUCGAAACCUGCCGACUAUCCUCACGCUCCAUCGAAACUACUACUUUUCCUUACGGGCGCAACGGGUCUACAUUCCAAGAAUAACCAGAUACAAGCCGACAUCUAUGCGAGAGAAGGCUUCUUAGUUGUUCUACCCGAUAUGUUUGGUGAUGAUCCAUUACCCGGUUCAGCAACCUAUUCCGAAGAGAAAGACCCGUCGCUGAUUGAGCAAAUCAAAUUACGAGCGGCGGAAACAGCCAAGAGCUUCCUUAUUGAUAUGUGGUUGGCAAGACAAACCCCAGAGAAAGUUCUGCCGGCGAUCCACAAAGUGAUUGAGGCGGCUAAGGAUGAGUUUGCGGACGCUGUUGCAAAUGGCGGCGGCAUAUACUGUGCUGGUUAUUGUUUUGGUGCUAGAAUGACAUUAUUGCUGGCUGGUGAGAAACCCGACAAGCCUGAUACAGCUAUUGCAUCUGCAAUUGCGGGAGCAUUGGGACAGCAGCCAGUCACUGACGAGGAGGCUGCCAUUGCCAAAAACCAUGGACCGUUUAUCAAAGCCGGAGUUAUUGCCCAUGCGACUUUAGUGACAAGAGAGGAUUUCGAGGGAACGAAGGUUCCAGUCGCUUUCGUUUGCGUUGAAAACGAUCAAUUGUUUCCCGAUGACAUCAAAGAAUACGGAGAAAAGCACCUGAAGGAGAACAACGUCGAAUGCGAAUUCAAGACAUAUUCAGGCGUACCUCAUGGAUUCGGAAUAGUAGGUGAGUACGAGGAUGCUAUGAUCAAGGCCGCUCAAGCGGAAGCUUUUGACCAUAUGUUGGCGUGGCUGAAGGCUCAUUGAAUGUUUCCUUAUUGAUAUCUGGCGUUGUGAUUUGGCUUUGGAGCUAGGGAGCUGG